AUGACACAACGUCCAUUUCUCUUUACAAUUGUUGGGACAUUUGUGGCGGUCCUGGGCCUAGUGCUUAGCGGCAGUAGCCUCGGAUAUGCCGCGCCAGCACCAGGCCCGCGCCUCAACCCACCUAUGGGUUGGAGUAGUUGGAGUUCACUGCGCGGAAACGUGAACGCGACCGCUAUCAAGGCGCAAGCCUUGGCCAUGCAUAACAAUCUCCAGAAGUACGGCUACGAAUACGUCAACAUUGACUCGGGGUGGUUUAGCGGCGUUGAUGAGUACGGCCGGACGACAUGGGAUGCAAACAAGUUCCCAGAUGGAAUCGCCUCCGUGGCCGAAUACGUCCAUUCUCUCGGGUUGAGGUUUGGCAUCUACUUGGUACCUGGAAUCUCAGCCAAGGCGUUGGCUGAAAACCCCAUAAUCAAGGGAACCCGAUACCACGUACGCGAUAUUGCCGACAUUACUUUGCCUGGCAACACCAUCAAUGAUAGCUCCGUGGCUAUUGAUUACACAAAGCCAGGCGCGGUUGCCUACGUACAGUCGCAGGCAGAUCUCCUCGCCUCUUGGGGCGUUGAUUAUAUCAAGAUGGACUUUGUCGGCCCUGGCGGCGGCAGGAUUCCCGCAGAUAACCGGGAUGACAUUCGACACUGGCACCAAGCCAUUGUCAACACUGGUCGUUUUAUGCACCUGGAGCUUUCCAACUCACUCAGCUUUGAUGACGCGUCUGUUUGGCAGCGUUACAGCAACGGCUGGCGUAUUGAUGGAGACAUUGAAUGCUACAAGCACUGCCCUGGCCUCACCAACUUCAAGGUGCGCGUAUCCUUGCGUUUCACCGACGUGCCCAAGUGGGUGCCGUUUGCAGGACCAGGGCAUUGGAAUGACCUGGAUUCGAUCAUGGUAGGCAAUGGCCCUGCUAACGGCCUUACUCCGGACGAGCGGCAAACUAUGCUCACCUUAUGGUCUAUUGAGUCUGCACCGCUGCUAUUGGGCACUGACUUGACCAAGCUUGACGCAUUUGAUCUUACUCUCCUCACGAACCCGGAGGUUAUCGCCGUCGACCAAUCUGGCCACCCUGCGCUUCCAGUCUCUCAGGCUACAAAGCAACAAGUGUGGUUCGCCAACAACCACGACGGCAGCUACAUUGUCGCCUUGUUUAAUCUUGCUGACACCCCAGCCACAGUCAAAGCAACCUGGAGCCAAAUGGGGAUCUCCGGUCCGGUCACGGCCCGCAACCUGUGGACCCGAACGGAUCUUGGCCGGCAGUCACGCAGUUACUCUGCGCGCUUGGCUCCCCAUGCAUCACAGCUGCUUCGAGUUACAACUCAUCAGUCGUGA